GUUUUUACCGGACUCGUUUCUUGGGAGUGCGCGUUCUCCCGUUGCCGUGGCAGCCAGAGCCGGAGCGGUGGCGGGGCUGCGUGCUAGCUGUUUAUGAUGGAUAUUCAAGAGCGAGAUCUGCUCGGAAGCCGCGACAACAUUGUUGAGAUGCAAGACUUGGAGGAAGAGGAUUUUGCUGUGUCAAGAUCAUCGGAUGCUGAGGCAUUGUUUGACACUGUAAUAGGGAACAUUGAGGAUAUCAUAAUGGAGGACGACUUCCAGAAUCUUCAGCAGUCGUUUAUGGAGAAAUAUUACCUGGAGUUUGAUGACUCAGAGGAGAAUAAACUCAGUUAUACACCAAUUUUUAAUGAAUAUGUUGAUCUCUUAGAAAAGCAUCUGGAACAUCAACUGAUGGAACGAAUUCCUGGGUUUAACAUGAAUGAUUUCAUUCAUUCGUUGAAGCAACACAAAGAUGAAGUCUCAGGGGAUAUAUUUGACAUGCUGCUCACUUUUACAGACUUUAUGGCUUUUAAAGAAAUGUUUAUUGAAUACAGAGCGGAACGUGAGGGACGAGGACUGGACCUAAGUACUGGCCUGGUGGUGAAAUCUUUGAGCACAGUUACUUCCACAACGGUCACUUCCAGCUCAGCAUCAGGCUCUUUCUGACUCAAGCUGCAAUGAUGUUUCAUACAUCUAAUCACAAUUAUUUCAUCACUCACAUUCCCCUAAAAUCAGAGCCAUAGCACAACAACCCAACUUGUUAUUUCUGCUUUUUCAGUCAUGUCAUGUUGGGUUAGUUUUGCUCCAGCUUCAGGAACCUUGUUUGCUGCCAUACCAGCUGAAUGAUGGGGAAUCACAUGUUUGCUUUGGUUUAAUAUUUAAACUUGACAUUACCCAACA